CAGGCGCUCCAAUACACUUCCGACAACACGGAAGAUGUGACGUUGCACUGCUGAAUGAAUGAACUGAUUGCCACUGAGUCUUCAUAAAACUUCACAAAGAGCAGAUAUUGAUUCCUAAAGUUUGCAAAUAUCACAAUGUCUAGUUCCACCGUGGAUUCGACAACGCUUUGUCUGUUUGACGUGGACGGGACUUUAACAGCAGCUCGUCAAAAAGCCACAGCGGACAUGCAUGAGUUUCUGUCUAAACUGAAACAGCGUGUGAAAGUUGGAGUGGUUGGAGGAUCAGAUCUGGACAAAAUCAAAGAGCAACUUGGAGAUGAUGUGAUUGACAGAGUGGAUUAUGUGUUUGCUGAGAACGGUUUGGUUGCAUACAGGUUUGGGCAGCUCCACUCUGUGCAGAAUAUUCAGGCCUACCUGGGAGAGGACAUUUUACAGGAGUUCAUCAAUUUCUGCCUCAAUUACCUUUCAAAGAUUAAACUGCCCAAAAAAAGAGGCACAUUUAUUGAAUUUCGUAAUGGAAUGCUGAACGUCUCUCCAAUCGGUCGAAGCUGCAGCCAACAAGAACGAAUUGAAUUCUUUGAACUUGAUAAGAAGGAGAAAAUUAGAGAAACAUUUGUCUCCGUUUUAAAAGAAGAGUUUGCUGGGAAGGGACUAGCUUUCUCCAUUGGUGGGCAGAUUAGUUUUGAUGUGUUUCCAGAAGGCUGGGAUAAGCGCUACUGUUUGGGAAUUGUGGAGAAAGACUCCUAUCAGCACAUCCAUUUCUUUGGAGACAAAACAAUGCCUGGAGGAAACGACUACGAAAUCUUUGUAGACCCCAGAACAAUCGGCCAUGAGGUCAAAUCUCCCGAAGAGACACAGAGGAUCUGCAAGGAGCUCUUUUUCAGCUGAGAAAACCCCCGAACACAAUAUCUAGAAUGAAGUAUACAGUAAACUACAGUGUCUAUGAGUCGUGAAACUAUGAAUGAAAGUCUCACUAUUGACUUUAUUGUCUUUGUUUAUGCACAUGUAUGUACCUUCAUGACAGGUGCUUACGAUAAAUCUGGAUUAAUGUGUACAGUAAGCGUUCAUUUUUAUAGGUAAUGUGAUCAUUACUUACGGGUUUAAGGAUCUUGGUGGAUGCUAGGGUCAUUAUGUCUGAACUCCUGUGCCUUAAAUCACACCAGUACUGGACAUUAUACGAUCUUCUAUUGAUAUUAAAGACAUCAUGGUCCAAAUAAAAGGGGAGAUCUUUUUUUAGUUAAGGCCCUGUUCACAUUUAUAUUAAGAUGCGCUUUGGUUUGUCACAGGGAGGUGUUCUCAUUUAUUCCUGGUGUUUAAUUCUACCUCUAUUGUCCAGGUUUAAUGAAUGAAAACUUUUAUUACUUUUAAAAACACUGUUUCUGAUAUUCUGAUGUAGUAUUACAAAGAAAGCUUAUGCUAUUGACACGUGUUAGGAUCACAACUGCGAUUUCUGUUCUCGGAAGUGGAGUGAACAUUGUGCUGUUUUAUACUCUUUUUGUACAUUUAAACCAGUCAUAUCUGGUAACCAAAGUGAAAACCUAAUACGUGUUUACACUGCUAAA